CAUCAUCAUGUCAAAAAGUCCCAAAAUAAAAACAAGGAAUCAAAUAAAACAGAAGUCCCAAUGUAAAAAAUUUUUACUUCCUUAUAUUAACUAACAUUUGAAAUAUUCUGCAGGCAUAAAAAGCAAUGAAUAUUUUGAAAAUAUUAGGAAAAACUUGUGGUUUUUUUGGUUAUGUUAUACAAUAUGCUUGUGUUACUCACUGUACAUUUGAAUAUUUAGGGGAUUUUGUUAUGUGUUCCGGUCCAUCUAUGGAGCCGACAUUAGAAUCAAACAAUAUAUUGCUAACAGAGCAUGUAACACCUCGCUUGUAUAGGCUGCAACGUGGAGACAUUGUCAUAGCAAAGAACCCAACAAAUCCCAAACAGAAUAUAUGUAAGAGAGUUGUUGGUUUACCAGGUGAUAAAGUAAAGGGAUAUUUCCCUAGAAGAAGUCAUAUUGUGCCCCGAGGUCAUGUAUGGUUAGAGGGGGAUAACUCGGGGAAUUCAUCGGACUCAAGAAUAUACGGACCGGUUCCACUUGGCUUGAUUAGAAGUAGAGUUAUAUAUAGAGUCUGGCCUUUGGACAAGUUUGCUUCGUUGCAAGAACAUUGAUUACUUUAAUAAAUUCAAAGCCACUAUUUUAUGUGUUUAUCAGUGGUUUUAA